GAGUAUUUGAGAAGUCACUGGUGCUCUGAUUUUGAUGCAGGUAAGAGAGGAGGAGGGAGAAAGACAGAAGAGUACUGCACAAGGUUCAGACACACACCCAAGAAAGAUAGGAGACUAGGGAUAGGCUUUUGUGAAAACUUAUUGUCACUUCAUUUGGAGCAAUCUCCUCUGUAAAACAUUCAUCUUUGUCAAGUUUCAAGAUAAGAGGGCUUGUGCUGUUUUCAGAGAGGUUAGAUAUGCUGAUGAAGAGGACUACAUCACACCAGAAAGAUCAACACUUGGGUCACCUAAUGUCUGAUGUUGUUUCAGAGUCCUAUUCUCACUCGGAUGUUUUGGGACAGAAACAUAAAACAAAUUCAAUUUUCAAUGUUCCUGGUCUGUUUGUAGGGUUCAAUCCUAAGGGUUCAGAGUCUGAUUCUGUUAGAAGCCCAACUUCACCAUUGGACUUUAGGGUGUUCUCAAAUCUAGGAAUUCCCUUUAGGUCUCCAAGGUCAUCCCAUGAGAGGGAUCAGAAGAGUUGGGAUUGCAAUAAAGUAGGCCUAAGCAUUAUAGAUUCUCUUGAUGAUGAAAAAAAACAAUCGGGGAGAUUCCUCCGAUCAUCAGAGAGUAAAAAUAUACUUUUUGGACCCCAGAUGAGGAUCAAAACCCCCAAUUUUGGAAGCCAGAACAGUGCUUUUGAGGCAUCUAAGUCAGUGCCUAAAAACUAUUUAAUUUCCCCCCAAACCCACCCCAGACCAUCCAAUCUCCAAAAGGGUAAUUCUGAUGUGAUGUUUGAAAUCGGAGAAACCUCAUUAGACCCCGUGUUGUUUCAAAAAAGCCGAUCUUGUUCGCUGGAUUCUGGACGGUCUGAAUCACAUUUUACCGGUUUUACAAACCUUAUGACUAACUCAAGUUCUGGGAUUUUUUGUUCAGAAAAUGGGAUAAACCCUGUGCUUUCACCUUCUCAUGUGGCCAGAGGAAGCUCAAAGUUGAGUAAUUCUUUAGGUACAACACCGACUUCAUUCCCGGUAUCCAUUGGUUCUGGCAAUGGUUUAACAGGGUCUCUCUCAGCAAGUGAGAUUGAGCUCUCUGAGGAUUAUACUUGUGUGAGAACACAUGGUUCCAACCCCAAAACAGUCCAUAUUUUUGGUGACUGUAUUUUGGAAUGUCACAACAACACAAAUUUUUCUAAGAGUGAGGAACAGGAGGUUGCAUUGCCUCAAGAGGUUAAAUUCCCUGAAGUCCCUGUCGCAUACCCCUCCAGUGGUUUUUUGAGCUUCUGUUACUCAUGCGAGAAGAAACUGGAGGGGGAAGAUAUUUAUAUGUACAGGGGUGAGAAGGCAUUUUGCAGUUGGAGUUGCCGCUCACAGGAGAUUUUGAUUGAGGAGGCAAUUGAGAAAACCGAUGAUGUGAGCAAAUCUAUUAAGUCAAACGGCUGUGACGAACUUUUUGAGACCGGCUUGUUCAUCUCUAUAUAAAGGUCCCAUGUUGUCAUAGCCAGUAUGCCCACGAUAGGUGAAAUAAUCACAUGGGCUGACACCCCUGAUCAUCUGUUUACCAAGAGCUGUUUAUGUGAAUUUGUUAACAGCCAUGGAUGAUCAUUGUGUACAUUGUUCUUUAUGGUGAUUGUGUGUGAUCUUUCAUGGUCAUAGUGGGUUAUGGUGGGAACCAGCACGUUUUGCUUUACUUAUUUCUGUCUUUGAUAUAUAACCAUGAACUUGAACAACUGCUUUAGUAUGUUGUUGAGAAGGGUUAGCCAAUCGUUGUGGCUCCCCAUUUUUUAUCUUUGCUUUUUGGGCAGGAGUUGAUGUUAAGCCUCCAAGCUCCAAAUUUUGAAUGAUUAUAAAAAUGACUUAUACAAAUAAUA